AUGGUUCUGACCGGUGCCGUGCUCCUCUGCAGCGGCGCGCUUUUCACGGCCUUCGUGGCCGCGCCGCGCGCCGCCCCGGCACCAACCGUGCCGCAUGCCGCCACCGCAGCCCUCAGUGCCAUUACCCUGGUGGCCCCUGAGGCAGCCCAUGCCGAGGGCGGUGCCGUGUGGAUCCCGGCGCUCUCCGCCAUCGGCGCCGGCUUCGCCAUUGGCCUCGCCGCCAUCGGCUCGGGCGUGGGCCAGGGCAUCGCCAGCGGCCGCUGCAUUGAUGGCAUCUCCCGCCAGCCGGAGGUUGCGGAUGACCUCCGCGGUGUGCUGCUGCUGUCCCUGGCCUUCAUGGAGUCCCUGACCAUCUACGGUCUGGUGAUUGCCCUGGUGCUCCUCUUCGCGAACCCUCUGAUCAAGUGA